UGGUGAUUGUGUGAGCUCACAGAGACAUCGGGAGUGACUAUUCUUCUCUUCUUGGCAAUUUCAAAACCCUCCGAGAACGUUUGAGAUCAGGAUGUCCGUCGAGGAAGACGCCACCGUUAGGGAGCCACUGGAUCUGAUUCGACUGAGUAUCGAAGAGAGAAUCUACGUCAAGCUCCGAUCCGACCGUGAACUCCGCGGCAAGCUACACGCUUUUGAUCAGCAUUUGAAUAUGAUUCUGGGUGAUGUUGAAGAGGUUAUCACGACUGUAGAAAUCGACGACGAGACAUACGAAGAGAUUGUUCGUACAUCGAAAAGGAAGGUUCCGUUUCUAUUUGUGAGAGGAGAUGGAGUGAUCUUGGUGUCGCCGCCUUUGAGGACUACUUGACUUCAGAUACAGUGUUCUUGUGUAUUGGCUGAGAUCACAAAUAUGGAGCUGCCUCUUUUAAUGAUUCCUUAGCUUCUGAUUUGUAUUUGUGUGUUUUGUUUUUUCAAACAUUUUAACUGAAUGUAGCUGAGAUAUUUUAUUUAAAACCCUUGUUAACUUGCCUCAUCAUAAUAGAAGUGGUGUUGCCUA